CAUUUAUUAAAAUUUUCUUGAAAAUAUCUUUACUCAACAAAAUAUUUAAGAUAGUUCUUGGUUUGAUAAUGGACAUUAGAAGCAAGAUCAACUUUAAAAUAGUUGAGCAAAAUCAUCUCAUGUGUUAUCUUUCUUUUGAAAUAAGGUGUGCCAUUUCUGGCAUAACAUCAAGGGAGAAAUUCCCUUUUUACUAAACUUGGACAGAUUCUGACCCUUUGUGUGUGGAUAUCAUAAAAUAUCAUUCAAAACAUAAUAAUAGCUAUUGAUACCCUUUUCUCAUUGUCUUUCCUUUGGCUUUGGCCUUGGUUGCCUUCACCUUGGGGUGGCCGUAGCUUGCCUCGACCUACUGAUGGCCUUGGAUUGCCUUGGCCUAGGGGUGGCCUUGGUUUCCUUAGACUUACCCUUGGUUCUAAGCCUUGUAUGAUUAUAUCUUAAAUUUAUUGCCUUUCAAGUCCAAUGUCUAAGUUACUUGGGCUUUGGGGUUGGCCUUCAUUGACUUGGCCUUGAUGUCCAUAGUUGUAAUUAUCUAUGCCUUAGCCCUAAUAUUUGGUUGUAAUUGUUGUCACAGUUAUUUUUGGUAACUCUUUUAUUUAUUUUGAGAAACAGCAAAGACAAUGGGAGAGAAGUGGUGGUGGUUCAAUGCCCCAGGAUGGAUGCUUGUGGCUAGGUACCUGGAUCAUAAUCAAUUUACUGGGAGAAUCCCGGAUGCAUUCUAUAAGCACACUUUCUUGAAAGAAAUGUAUAUUGAAGGAAAUGCUUUCCAGCCAGGUGUGAACCCUAUUGGCAUCCACAAUGUCCAGCACUAUGUCAAUGGUCAGGUUGUCAUCAAAUCAACACGGGAUACUCUAGAAUCUUGUAGUAAAGCACAAACGGACUCUAGUUCUUGUUUUAGUCAAAGCUUCCACAUAUUAUUUACUCGUAGAAUUGUUUCUUUUUGUUCUUGCUAA